UAUAUUUUACCAAAACUUUUUUUUGUUUUAAAAAAAUGGUCCCUAGAAAAAGUCCCCGGUUCGCGCCCCCGUCCUCAGCCCAGGGCUUUUUUCAACAACAGCACCAUCCACGUUUGGGGCUGCAUAAUUUUUGUGGUGAGGGCUGUCCCCUACCCACCAGAAGCCACUGUCUGUCCCCCCCAGCCCACAGUGUGGUGACCAAAAGCGUCUCAGACACAUUGCCAAAUGUCCUCUGCGGGGCAAAAUUGCCCCCAGCUGAGAACCACUGCCUUCACUGCUUGGAAUGAGCUGCUCGCAGGAGGGGCCCGAGGAGCAGGUGGGCAACAGAGAAGCAGGAGGCAUUUCCCUGGGGUGGAGGGGUCUUGCCUGGAAGGAAGGCAAAGAUCGGCAAACUCUGAGGGGCCCCGGGAGGUGGGCCCUGGGCGGGGUUAGGCGUACGGUGGGAACAGACUCUGCGUGAUCCGUUGUGUCCACCACCCCAGGGAGGAGAAGUGAGGGGGCCCGUGGCUGCCGUUCCCAUUCUGCCUCCACUCCCGCCCUCUUCCCGUACCCCACAGGUGAGAAGAAGGGGAGUGCAAACUGUCACCUCUAGCUGCUGGCGGUGCCUUCUACAGGGACCAGGGGCUUCUGCUGCUACCCCUCCCCGCCAUGGGAACAAUGAGUGUCUCAGGGUGUGCCGUGUCUCCUUUCAAGGCAACUGUAAAGAAUAAAAGCAAACAGAAACAGGAUUUUUAACAGUUACACUUGACAUGAACAAAGUUGAAACUCCCUCUAGACGUGUGAACUGGAUGCUCUCACUCGUAACCUGGUCUUUGGCAUUAAGGGAUCAAUUAUGACUACUGAACACCCGCCAGGUACCCUACUCCACACCCAGUCUAACGUGAUAAAGCGAGUCCCUGCCUCUAGGAGGUGACAAGCUAGUGGGGGGUGGGGGGAAAGGAGGGCACAGGCCUGGCUGGGGUGGCCACUCCUAGUGGCUUCCAGGUCUGCUCUUCUCACCUGAGAUGCCCUUUUAGGGAGCACCCGGCUCCUCCCUGGAGAUUUAGAGUUGCGUCAGUCCAUUUGCCUGUGGACCUCCUUCCUUCCUCUCAGUGGUUUCUUCUGGGUGGAUCUGACCUGCCCAGUUACCCUGAACUCCAGAGAGAGGGCCAGUGAGGGGCCACUACUGGCCAUGUGUGUGUGGGGUUCUUGAUGGGUAAGAUGGAUCGAGGGUUGACCAUGGCAAGAGUCAGCAGCUCCCCUAAGCCCAGAGCUUUGGUCAACUCAGGGUCAUCCACAACCAGAGAGGGCGGGCAAUGGGGGAUGGGCUGGUCGGGAGGAAAGGAGGGAGAGGACUCAUGAGAUUGGGGUGGAUUUCAGCCCGCUGAGCUACCCCCCGGGGCUGGAGCUGUGCAGGGUGCUCCCCUACCCCUCAUCCGCCCACCUCGGGAAGGAUGGCGUGUCUCAUGCUGCAGACGGGUCCUCCAGGGCAGGCCUGGGAGGGGUGCCCGAUCAGGGUGGGUUGGGACCCUGGGGCUGGGUUGAGUCUCGGAGCAGGUACUCCUGGGUCUCUAUGCUAUGGAGCUGGCAGUCAACAGGAAGUGAGUCCCAGGGUGAGAAGAGGCCGUGUGGUCCCCGGGCAGGAAGUGAGUGACAGCGGAGUUGUCUGAGCAGUUUGUGGGGCUGGGAGCCUGCCUCGACUUGAGGUGUCUGUGGGGAAGCAAGUGGCUAGAGGAAAGGAGGACCACGGCCAUGGUGGAAAGCAGUGACACGCCGAAGGACCCCGCCGUGACCUCCAAGUCCCCGUCCAUGGCCCAAGACUCAGGCCCCUCAGAGCUGUUACCCAACGGGGACUUGGAGAAGCGGAGUGAGCCCCAGCCAGAGGAGGGGAGCCCCGCUGGGGGGCAGAAGGGCGGGGCCCCAGCAGAGGGAGAGGGUGCAGCUGAGACCCCGCCCGAAGCCUCCAGAGCCGUGGAGAAUGGCUGCUGCACCCCCAAGGAUGGCCGGGGAGCCCCUGCAGAAGAGGGCAAAGAACAGAAGGAGACCAACAUCGAAUCCAUGAAAAUGGAGGGCUCCCGGGGCCGGCUGCGGGGUGGCCUGGGCUGGGAGUCCAGCCUCCGCCAGCGGCCCAUGCCGCGGCUCACCUUCCAGGCGGGGGACCCCUACUACAUCAGCAAGCGCAAGCGGGACGAGUGGCUGGCACGCUGGAAAAGGGAGGCUGAGAAGAAAGCCAAGGUGAUUGCCGUAAUGAAUGCUGUCGAAGAAAACCAGGGGUCCACCGAGUCUCAGAAGGUGGAGGAGGCCAGUCCUCCUGCUGUGCAGCAGCCCACCGACCCUGCGUCCCCCACUGUGGCCACCACGCCCGAGCCCGUGGGGGCUGACGCUGGGGACAAGAACGCCGCCAAGGCAGCCGAUGACGAGCCGGAGUACGAGGACGGCCGGGGCUUUGGCAUUGGGGAGCUGGUGUGGGGGAAACUGCGGGGCUUCUCCUGGUGGCCAGGCCGCAUUGUGUCUUGGUGGAUGACGGGCCGGAGCCGAGCAGCAGAAGGCACCCGUUGGGUCAUGUGGUUCGGAGAUGGCAAGUUCUCAGUGGUGUGUGUGGAGAAGCUGAUGCCGCUGAGCUCCUUCUGCAGCGCCUUCCACCAGGCCACCUACAACAAGCAGCCCAUGUACCGCAAGGCCAUCUACGAAGUACUGCAGGUGGCCAGCAGCCGAGCGGGGAAGCUGUUCCCGAUGUGCCACGACAACGACGAGAGCGACACUGCCAAGGCUGUGGAGGUGCAGAACAAACAGAUGAUCGAAUGGGCCCUGGGAGGGUUCCAGCCCUCUGGCCCCAAGGGCCUGGAGCCCCCAGAAGAGGAGAAGAACCCCUACAAAGAAGUUUACACAGACAUGUGGGUUGAACCCGAGGCAGCUGCCUAUGCACCGCCCCCACCAGCCAAAAAGCCCCGAAAGAGCACAACUGAAAAGCCCAAGGUCAAGGAGAUAAUUGAUGAACGCACAAGAGAGCGGCUGGUGUACGAGGUGCGGCAGAAGUGCCGGAACAUCGAGGACAUUUGCAUCUCUUGUGGAAGCCUCAACGUCACCCUGGAGCACCCUCUUUUCAUCGGAGGAAUGUGCCAAAACUGCAAGAACUGCUUCCUGGAGUGCGCGUACCAGUAUGAUGAUGACGGCUAUCAGUCCUACUGCACCAUCUGCUGUGGGGGGCGCGAGGUGCUUAUGUGCGGGAACAACAAUUGCUGCAGGUGCUUUUGCGUUGAAUGUGUGGAUCUCUUGGUGGGGCCGGGAGCUGCGCAGGCAGCCAUUAAGGAAGACCCCUGGAACUGCUACAUGUGCGGGCACAAGGGCACCUACGGGCUGCUGCGGCGGCGAGAAGACUGGCCCUCUCGGCUCCAGAUGUUCUUCGCCAAUAAUCACGACCAGGAAUUCGACCCUCCGAAGGUUUACCCACCUGUCCCAGCCGAGAAGAGGAAGCCUAUCCGGGUGCUGUCCCUGUUUGAUGGAAUCGCUACAGGGCUUCUGGUGCUGAAGGACUUGGGCAUUCAGGUGGAUCGCUACAUCGCUUCCGAGGUGUGCGAGGACUCCAUCACGGUGGGCAUGGUGCGGCACCAGGGGAAGAUCAUGUACGUCGGGGACGUCCGCAGCGUCACGCAGAAGCAUAUCCAGGAGUGGGGCCCGUUCGAUCUGGUGAUUGGGGGCAGUCCCUGCAAUGAUCUCUCCAUCGUCAACCCUGCCCGCAAGGGACUCUACGAGGGCACUGGCCGGCUCUUCUUUGAGUUCUACCGCCUCCUGCAUGAUGCGCGGCCCAAGGAGGGAGAUGAUCGCCCCUUCUUCUGGCUCUUUGAGAAUGUGGUGGCCAUGGGCGUUAGUGACAAGAGGGACAUCUCGCGAUUUCUCGAGUCCAACCCUGUGAUGAUUGAUGCCAAAGAAGUGUCAGCUGCACACAGGGCCCGCUACUUCUGGGGGAACCUUCCCGGUAUGAACAGGCCGUUGGCAUCCACUGUGAAUGAUAAGCUGGAGCUGCAGGAGUGUCUGGAGCACGGCAGAAUAGCCAAGUUCAGCAAAGUGAGGACCAUUACUACUAGGUCGAACUCCAUAAAGCAGGGCAAAGACCAGCAUUUCCCCGUCUUCAUGAAUGAGAAAGAGGACAUCUUAUGGUGCACUGAAAUGGAAAGGGUGUUUGGCUUCCCUGUCCACUAUACCGACGUCUCCAACAUGAGCCGCUUGGCGAGGCAGAGACUGCUGGGCCGGUCGUGGAGCGUGCCCGUCAUCCGCCACCUCUUCGCUCCGCUGAAGGAAUAUUUUGCUUGUGUGUAAGGGACGUGAGGGCAAACCGAGGUAGUGAAACAAGGUUUAAACAAACAAACAAAAAACACAAAACACAACAAAAUACCAAGAACAUGAGGAUGGAGAGAAGUAUCAGCACCCAGAAGAGGAAAAGGAAUUUAAAACAAAAAACCCCACAGAGGCAGAAAUACCGGAAGGCUUUGCCUUGUAAAAAGGGUUGGACAUCAUCUCCUGAAUUUUUCAAUGUUAAUCUUCAGUCCUAUUUAAAAACAAAACCAAGCUCCCUCCCCACCCUCCCACCCCCUUUUUUUCGGUCAAACCUUUUGUUUUCUACUCUUUUCAGAGGGGUUUUCUGUUUGUUUGGGUUUUUGUUUCUUGCUGUGACUGAAACAAGAGGGUUUAUUGCAGCAAAAAAAAAAAAAUCAGUAACAAAAAAUAGUAACAUACCUUGCAGAGGAAAGACGGGAGUGAAGGAAAGAAGGAAAUUCUAUAGAAAUCUAUAUAUUGGGGGUUUUUUUUGUUUUUUUUUUGUUUUUUUUUGUUUUUGUUUUGUUUUUUUUUACUAUGUAUCUUUUUUUUUGUUGUUGUCUCUAGCCUGAUCAGAUAGGAGCACAAGCAGAGGACAGAAAAUAGACACUCAGGCGGCAGAGUUCCCUCCCAGCCACUGAGCUGUCUUGCCAGCACCAUUCCUGGUCAUGCAAAACACAACCCAACUAGCAGCAGAGAGACGAGAACACCACACAAGACCCUUUUAUACAGUAUUCAGGUGCCUACCACACAGGAAACCUUGAAGAAAAUCAGUUUCUAGAAGCCGCUGUUACCUCUUGUUUACAGUUUAUAUAUAUAUGAUAGAUAUGAGAUAUAUAUAUAAAAGGUACUGUUAACUACUGUACAACCCGACUUCAUAAUGGUGCUUUACAACAGCGAGAUGAGUAAAAACAUCAGCUUCCACGUUGCCUUAUGUGCAAAGGGUUUUAACCAAGGAUGGAGAAAGGGAGACAGCUUGGAGGUGAACCGUUAACCGUGGUGGGGUUUUUUAAUUUCCCCUUGGUGUUUAACAAGGUGAAGGAGGAGAAUUUGGGAACAGCAUUCUCCCGUUUCUCCCUGCCAAAAAAGGGGGUGAAAUUCAGUGGUCAGGACCGUGGAAAGCUGAGAGUGGGAUCCAUCCAGGCUCAUGAGAUAACCUUUUGAUUUUUUUCGAAAAGGAGACUCCCUCGGCAAGAUGGCAGGAUGAGGGGUCUUCAUUCCCAAUUUCUCACAUUAGCCGAUUCGAGGGCUCCUUGCGGUGGGGUCAGAAAAAAUCCAGAGUGCGGGCAAGUGACAGUUCAGACCCCACCUGGAGCAAAUAAAAAAACAUACAAAACGUACUGGUGCUUUCCUGUCUAAGUCGCUUUUUGUGUGUUCUUUUAUGAGGCCCCCACCAUCCACCCUCUGCGCACAGGGCGGCUUCCGGCCCCUGGAAUGUGAUGUUUUUGGUCAUCUCCAAAGGCUGCGUUUAUACUGGGAGGCUGAUGGCACCUUCUGUUAUAAUUAUUCUUAUGGUUCUGGUUAUAAUUAUGUUUGUUUUCAGAUUUUCUUUAAGAAAACAAAAACCCAACCCCCCCUCCCUUUAGGUUUCAAACCAAGGUGCGGGGAGCAGGGUGCUUCUAAGUCAGUGGUGGCCCUGGUGCCCUGGCUCCCCACCCCUCGGGCCAGGUGGGCCACCGGGCGCUGCGACAGCUGGGCGUCGGCCAGGGGGUCCCCGAGGCCGGCCUUCCGGGCGCGUCCCUCUUCUCUUCUGCUUCCCUCCUCUCGAGUCACGUGUGUCAGGGCUGGAGGGAGGACCAGGCAUCUCUCUCCUCGCGUGUGUGAUUGGAGUGGUGUGUAUUUCUUUUCUAGUACUCGGUCUGAUGAUAGCUGUGCUCUUACCUCGAGUCAGCAGCACCUGGAGCCCCAAGUGCACGACACUUGGUUCCGCUUCCCGGCGAGGCAGGCAGCCUGGUGUUGGCUGUAGGCAGGGACGGCAUGUGUGGCUCCAGGGUGAGGGCCCAAUAGGCAGAUGCCUGCCUGGGUAGAUGGGGUGUAGAUAAUGUGGCAUAUAGAGAUAUAUAUUUUAUAAUGGGAGGGGGGAAUGGCACCUCCUGGGACUGGCAGGGCUGGGAGGUGUGCUGCCAAGCACAUGGUCCCACGUUCGCAUCCCUAGAAAGAUAGGGCCUACGGUGAUAGGCGCUAUAUAAAUACAUAGAUAGGGUCACGUAUAAGAAAUAUUUUGUAGUGGGGAGCGGGGGAAGGAGGCUCAGAAUGCUGAGUCUCGGGCCCCACUGCAGACAGGCCCCACACCAGUCAAUCCCACACGCACGCACACACACACACACACACACACCACACACACACACACACACACACACCACACACACACACACACACCACACACACACACACACACACAGACCACACACACACACACACACACACACACAGAGCCAGGGAGCUCCCAGCGCUCUUCUCCCCAGGAUUCAGGACUUUGCAGAGUCGGCGCUGCAGCUCUUUACCUCUGUUGCCCUAAUUGCAGGUAGACUGUCAAUCCCAGAAGUUGCUAGGUGCUGAGGGCAGGAAAAGGAGGAGGUUUUCUUUCAGCAGGUGCUCUCCUCUAGCAGGUAGCGUUCUAUCUCUUUUGCCCCUGGUGAUGUCAAAAGACUCUUCUGUUAGCAACCUGUGACACUGACCUGCAACCCUAGGCACCAGUCCAGUCAGCCCUCAACUCCCCCUACCUAUUCUCCCCCGACCAAAACGAAACUGAUGUCCAGGGCUGUCUUGGCCAGGGGGCUUCCAUUGGAAAAAAAUGGGACAGUGAACCUCAUCUUUUGAAUAAAGCAAAUUAGUAAUUGGUGACAAAACUAAACCAGGCUUUGAAUCCCGUGCUCAUUGCUCAGGAGUAAGCUCACAGCUGGUGGCCGCGGUCUCCCACUCCUUUUAGGGGUGCUUAGUGCCGCACCCCAGGCUACUCAUUUCCUUGUCAGAUUGGUUUUUAAGAUGAUACCCAGUUGCUUCCUGCCAGCUCUGUGCCGUGAUGCCAGGUGGUGAUGGUGGGCUCCCACGGGGCUGGAGCAGCUGUGGGGGAAGCCCUCGGCCCUUCCCUCGUUGGAGUCUGUACCGAACUGUGGUGCUCACCCCACCCCCUCCAGCCAGGCUCCAUCUUCCCGGCCCAGAGCCCACCAGCACUGCUCCGGAGGGCUGGGGGAGGAGGGCUGCCGCAGGCAGUCCAAGGUGCUCCCUCCCCUGGCGGCCAAAGCUAAGGUCUUCCCAGCCCCAGUGUCAGGGCAGAGUCUUUUCCUCUGCAGACAGACUUCCUGGCUCUCCGAGGCCUUUUGUCCACUGCUUGUGUGCAGGAGUUUGCUUUUCCCAGUGGCCCAAGCUCCACCCAGGGGCUUGGUGUGGGGAAGCAACUCGGUAGCCAAGGAUGUGGUGAGCCUGAGGGCUCGGCGCGGGCCGGCCAGCUUGCUUGCUGUGGCUGAUGACCUGUUUUGCGCAGUCUGGCCACCUGACUAGGCCCCAGAAGGGGCCAGAUGCACCCUCGAAGGGAUGAGAGUUUAACGAUCACCAGCUUUUCUUCCAGCCACACCCGUGGGCUUGGUCCCAUAGUAGAGCUUGGUAGGGUGCAGGGGACCUUGGGGAUGUGCCAACUUGGCCACACCGGGGUGCUGUCCAACUCUGGGGGUGCUCCUGGGGGCAGUGAUCAGGUCCCCUUCUAAAGGGGAGCUGUGCUUGGACAGGCUGAGGUGAGGUCGCGCGGGGAUGCAGGUGGGGGUCGUGGCACUUGCUGUGCGUGAGGCUCAGGGUAGAGGCAGUGCAGCGGGAGAAACCACGAAGGCCUAGGGAAAAUUCUGGAGUGUGUUCCCAGUGGGGUUUUCUUUCUGAAGAGCAGAGGCCAAUUUACAAGUUCCUGGAAACGAGGGUUUCUAGGGCCGAGGAUGAUGCCCCCUACUUGCUGCAGGUGCCAGAGGGACCUGUGCCUCUUGCCGGGGGUAGGUAGCUGGGGCUCGGCAGGGCACAGGGCCCUGGGUCGCUUGCCCGAGGAGGAAGCUCGUCUCCAGCCGGCGCCGCUGAGCGCCGUGGGCCUCAAGCUGGCUGGUGCUGCCUGCCUUUCCCGGGAGCUGACCGAGGAGCACAGGACCCGUGGGGUCCUGCAGUCAGUGAUGGCAACCCAGGUGUGCCACUGUCUGUUUUUCUUUCUAGACCCCAGAACCUUCCUGCUAUUGAACAUUCUAGAAAGCAAACUUCCCAAAAGAGCACGCAGGACCGCUUUGCUUUUGAGACGGGCCUGGGAGUGGCGGCUGGCGAAGAUGCCUGUGGGUUUUUGGUGAGUCGCUAGAGUGCAGAUUGGGACAGGCAGACCCAGCAGGAAGAAAGGCUGGUGGUGGACAUCGAACUGGUCUAAUGAGGGCCGGCUCCCCUUACUUCCUGCAUAGCUGGCAAUUCUGGGGAAGCCUGAAUUGAUGGGAUGGGAAUUAGAUGGGAAUAGCCCACGGUCUCCAGCACAGGAAGGUCUGUAACAGGAGCAAGGGAAGGAACUAUUUCAGCAGAGCCACCUGGGGAGUGUUCUUAGCCUUCAUCUCUCUGAUGACAUCAUUACACAUAAAGUGGAUCUUGGAGGCGCUUUUGAAUUCCUGUCGCUGUUCUGCUUGGGGCAGAGAGGCUGUGGCACUGGUAUUUUUCAGAGGUGUCGUUUUCAGGAAACUUGCAGGGUUAGGGCCGUGGGUCCUGCCUCGCACUGUGAUCUGAUGAGGGCUGGUCGUUGCCUGUGGUCAGGGUAGCAGCAGAGCCAAGAUGCUGGUGAGAACUGGGUUUCUAGCCAGGCCCCGUUUUGAUCGCAGGAGAUGAGGAAUCUGAAUUUGUCAUCGGGCGUGGUCUAGUCUGGCCCCUCCCAGCGCUUGUGAUUAGAGAUGACACUGGAGUUGUCCUGCCCUCUUUCCUCCACCUCUGGAGGGCUGGCGUGGAGCUGGAAUGGCUCUCCCGGCCAUUCCUUGCUGAGGCAGGGAUUAACCACAAGUGUUUGGAGGAUCUAAGAGGAAAGAGAAUAGAUUUCUAUCAAGGAUGGACUCCACUGUUCUAGCAGAAGCUCUCGAGUCUUUACGUUUUGGUAAAGGAAGGCUGGGGUCUUCAGGAAGCGAGAGCAGCCCCUCUUGCACCGGUGUGUUCCAGAGACCCGGCUGAGUGGGCCUUGGGUUGUUUAUCAAGCUGAUCCUCAGCAGUGGAGCCUGGGGAGGGGGAGAAACAAGCAGGUCAGAAGCAGUGAGGGCAAGGGUGGAAGGUCCUUAGCUAGUCGUGGCUGGCCAAAUCGCCCGAACGGAGGCCCGCAGAUUCCUGUAACUCCAGUAACUGGAAAACGCCCCGCAGGGGCAUGGGAGGGCGGCUUUCUCAGCCUCUAGUCUCACGGCCUCCAGCCCUGGGCCUGAGGACAUGAGCAGGGAUCCGAAAGCAUCACCUGAGUCCCAUUUCACUUCACAGACUGAUCUGGUUGCACAGCCCUAGAACCCAACCAACCACAAAAAUGCCGAAAUUCCUUAGAAUACGCAGAGGGAGGAGGUGACUCAACAAGGUGCUAAAACAUUUUAUUAAAAAUAUAUAUUGUUAAAUUAAGUCUGCUGUCUGGACAAUGACUGUUUGUUUUGUUUUCUUGUAGUGGAGUUUAAAAGAGACUAUUAUUUUACUCUGAUAUAUUAUUAUUAAAAAGGCAUUUUAACUUUGUACUUGAAAACUAAAUGAGCGAUUUCAUGUGUUUUAGCUGAGGCAUUGAAGUAGCGGGUGCUUACUUAUUUGUGGGAAAUCAUGUAUUCAUACUGAAGAAUAAACUCCGUAGCUGAUUUGGUAAUAACUUUUACUGUUACAGACGAUUUCGCUUUGACCCCGGCGGGAGAGCACUUUUACUGCACAUUCCACGCAGCUAAAUGCAGGACUUAACUCCCCAGACCCUUCCCUUCCCAGCCCUCUUUCCUUUCUCUUCAGUUCCUCUUCUGACUCUUUGUUGUUGUUGUUUUUUUUUUUCUCCCUGGUUCCAGCAUCCUUUCACCACUGUAUUUUUUUUAGGGUUGCUUCUCUAUUUAUUGACAAUAAUAAUGUACAUUUCACAGUCUGGUUCUGGGACAUCGGGGAGGGGCAAGUGUGAAAGGGCCCUGCACGGGUCCCCACCCCCAUGCCCUGGUGUUCUGUUGUAUCUCUGUGUAAGUGAUGCUCGUGACAUAGCUGUUAUGAAAUAAUUAUAAAGAGGUCAGUGCGUACAGCAGAUGUAGAAAGUCUGUCAGUUCCGCCUUCAUCACGUUUUUUUUUUUUUUUUUUUUUUUGUUUUUUUUUUUUUUGUUUUUUUUUUGUGCCCAGAAGCAUAUAAUAAAGCUCCUUUCUAAUGUACUUGUGCUGGAGAACACUUGAAUAAAUGGACUGUUUUUGUGCAAAAAAGAAAAACGGAAAAAGCACCGUAAUAAUGUCCUUUUGUCUUGCGUCUCCUUUCCCCUGACAUGACUGUUGGCAACCUUCUUCAGAGGGGUUAAGUGCCCAAACCGGGAGGUCCUAGCACUGGGUCUAGACAGUGCAGUUCCUCCCUUUAAAAACAUCACCUGCAUGAACAUUCAAUAGGGACUGUAAACUGGGUGCAAAAAAAGGGUGGUUUGGUUGACAGGAAGCUCAAAGAUAAGUUAGAGUGAAGCAAGGUUGCAGGAAGAGCAGAUUCUGUCCAAGGCUGAGCUAUAGAAAUUUUCAGACUAGAGCCGGGAGAGGAGUGGGCCUUGUGCCUGUGUCAGACAAGCUAGAGGGCUUUGGUUACGGGCACCGUUCCUCUCUGUGUGGGGUUUCUCCAAAACACAAGGGCAUCCGGAGGAGAGCAGCCGGGUGGUGGACAGUCUAGACUGUGCAAGGGACCCUGGGAGACACAGGUGUUUGGCCCCAAAAAUGGGAGAAUUUAGAGAAUGGUGCAGACAAUGACAGGGAGAGCCCAAGGGGCUGGGAUGAUUUGGGGCAGUUCCACGUGGCAGGCGGAAGUGGGGCCAGUCGGCCGAAGUCGGUCUCUUUCAGCUCAGCAUAAGAAGAUCCUUUUUCACUACUGGCCAGCAGUCCGAGGGCUGCCCUGGUCAGUUAAGAGGCGCUGGACAGCCACUGGGGCUCCUGCUGACCUUCCUUGAGACCCCAAGUCUGGGUCAUUCUGGCUGACCCACCCCUCCUCAGCACUAUCUUGCAAGUGGACGGUGCCUUGUGGUUGGAAGAGCCCGUUCACACAUGAUGUCCCCUUUGUCCUCGUGACUCUUUGCCUGGCAGUUACUAGUUCCCUGUUGUCCCAUCUAAGAGACUGAUCUGAACACAUAGAAGAACUGGGCUUUUCCCAUCACAUCUCCUCUCUAAGACCCCUGGCAUUCCAUGCUGCAUUUCCAUUUCCUAAGUGCCAAGCAGAUCCCGCCAAUGAUUUCUUGUCUUCAGGGAGGAUUAUUCAAGGUUUCUUUCCUACAGCAGAUUUCGGGGGAGGUUUAGGACUGCACCACUUUGCUGGCAGCUUUGAAAGAAAUUAUAAGGGGGAAAUUUGAGAAAAAGGGGAAAAUAACAGGCUUUUUUUUCAUGGGCACUUUUUAUUUUCUUUACAAAAUUGUAAAUGUAUAUUUAACUGUUAUCCUACUUUUUUCUCAAUAUUUUUCAAUGUUGAUGUAGAAUUCUUUUUUAAAAAAUGGCUGCAUGGCAUUUUCUUGUUGGAUGUUUGUUUAUAUAUAUAUAUAUAUAUGCAUUUUAUUUUAGCUAUAAAUAGAGCUGCAAUAAAUAUCUUUAUGUGUUGGCUUUUCCCCCCUA